UCUCCCGGCACAUUUCCUCACAGCGGCGAGGAAGCAACCAGUGUGGACGCGACCGGAGGAGCCCCGCUGAAUUAUAGUUGUCAUCAGGUUGCUUUACAACUUUGAGCGAAGGGCAACACGGGGGGGAACUACAGCAUUAUAUAUAUAUAUAUAUAUAUAUAGAGAGAGAGAGAGAGAGAGAGAGAGAGAGAGAUAUUAGGUUGUGUUGUACGGAUGCUGGGACGUUGUUGAGCGUUUGGUAAAUCUUCAGCGUGCCUCUGGUCUUGUCUCCGGCUGACCAAUGCUUCUGCAUCAGUUCAUGAACGGAGCCCUGGAAGUCAUGCAUCCCUCACCGCUUCAGAAAGACACUACUUUUACCAAAAUCUUUGUCGGCGGGCUGCCGUACCACACGAACGAUGCCUCGCUGCGAAAAUAUUUCGAGGCCUUUGGGGACAUUGACGAGGCUGUGGUGAUAACGGACAGACAGACCGGUAAAUCCAGAGGAUACGGCUUUGUGACAAUGACAGACCGAGGAGCAGCAGAGAGAGCCUGCAAGGAUCCCAACCCCAUAAUUGAUGGCAGGAAGGCCAAUGUCAACCUGGCCUACCUGGGUGCCAAACCCCGCAGCAUACAGACAGGCAUAUCCAUCGGAGUGCAGCCCAUUCACCCAGCACUCAUCCAGAGGCAGUAUGGGAUGGCCCAGCCAUACGUCUACCCACAAGCCUAUGUGCAACCCAGCCUGGUGCUGCCAACUCAGGUUUCCUCCUCCGUCAGCACCAGCCCUUACUUGGACUACAGUGCAGCCUACAGCCAGUACGCCCAAGCAGCCUUUGAACAGCAGUACCCAUAUGCCGCCUCCCCAGCCGGCUUCCUGGGCUACAGCUACGCCACCAGCCCCUCAGCCACCGCCGGCCCAGCUGCUGCCACCACAGCUCCAGCCACCGUCCACCCCACCCUCCCCUCCGCUGCUGGCCCGGGCCCGGCCUUCCUGCACUAUGCCCCGCAGCAGCACAUCCAGCCGGACCGUAUGCAGUGAGCCGAUGAAGGAAGCGGAGAAGAAGGAGCGGUACAGGUGGAGGAGGGGGAGGAGGAGGAGGAGGAGGAGGGGGUAGUGGUCGUGGACCUUUUGGGCAGAGGAUGGCAAAACAGCCUACGGGGUGACCCAGCUGUCGUCAGCAGGGGCUUGCAGGAAUAAGGGUGGUACUAUUGCACUAUACGAUCAGGAGGAGCUGUCUGCUCGUUGGUAAAAAGGGGUGGGAAGGGUUGGAGGACUGUCAAGGUUCAGGUUGGGAAGCUAAACAGCAUAAAGUAUGUGAUCGCUUCCAAGGGCUUCCAGAAGCUGACACUUCAUUUUUUUUAUUAUUAUAAUUAUUAUUAUUAUUGUCCUUUUUAUUAUUGUAUUAAUGUCAUUGUCAAUGUUUGUUUGUAUGCUAUUAUUAUCAUCAAUGUUAUGUUGUUGGCUCAAUCAGUGGAAGUUAUGUGUGUCCUUGGUACAUAUUGAUGACUGUUAGAGAGCUUUCUGGGACAUGUAACACCUCUUUACUCCCAACUCCAGACUAUCUGGAUGAAGGGCACUGCUGCUUUAGGAGAACACUGGGAGGACAGUCAGGGCUGUGGGGUGCAGGGUGAAGACAGGGUGGUGAUUUUGGGGAGGCAUCCAGCACGCCUCUCAACCUAUCUGUGGUCCCAUUCAGGUAGAGCACUGCCUCAUGAACAAACCUCCAGCGUUCAGCUUCACACGGGAGGACGACGAGAGAUUUCACCUCAAGGACAAAACAGAAAGUUUCAGUAUAUGAGACAGUGGGAGCUCCAUUGUUUUGAGACUGCGAUGUCAGGACUACAAUUAUUAUUAUUAUUAUUAUUAUUAAUUUUUUUUUUUUUUUUAAAAGAGGCCUUAAUAAAAAGAACUCCUUUUUCAAUCUCCUGAUUUUUCAAGCCCCCCCCACACACACACCACACACACACACACACAACAGAGCCAAGAGCAGAGAGUCCUUUGUUACUGGCCUCUCAGCAGUCAGUGACAUUAAUCUGGCUUACUUGGGUCUUGAUAAUUUCAAAUGGAUGUAGAUAAUCACAUGCAGUACGUGGGUGAUGGGGACCAGGAUCGCUGUGUAUCGAUGUUGAAAGGUAGCUGACACUGAGCUCAAACACCAGUGGGUAUUUCUUUUUUUUUUUUUUUUUUUUGUCACACUGUUUCUCUCAAAAGGACAUUCAUGUACAGCAUUUUAAAAUGUCAUCAAGUACAUUUACAAUAUUUAUAUGUAGGUAUUUAUGAGAUACUAAGUUAAAAUAGCUUUUUUUUUUUUUCCUAUGACUAUAGUUCUGGCACUGAUGUCAUUUAUCCUGCAGAAGCAUACCUGCAGAUCCACAGGUGUCGUAUUCAUUUUGUUUUUUUCACCAUGUCAGUGGAUUUGCCCGGGUACACGGUAACUACAGUAGAUGCUUGUUUGUAGAUCCUUGACUGGUUGCAUCAGAAAUUCUCUAGUUUCUUUUUUUUUUUUUAAUAAAAAUGUCUUUUACAGUCCCUUCAAAGAAGCCAUACCAAAAAAAUAAAAAAAAUAAAGACUUUGUACUCAA